AUGGGUCUCCUCAAAGCACCAAACACCGGCCAUGGCUCCGACCCCAUCGUCACCCGCAUGGUGGAGCAAGACAAGGUGCCGUGGUACAAGAAGCGUAACCUGAGGAUCAUGUACCUCUACCUCUUUGUCUGCUGUAUGGGUGUCGAGAUUACCUCCGGAUUCGACUCGCAACUUAUCAACACUCUCCAAUUUUCACCGGCCUUCAAUAAAUAUUUCGGCGACGGCUACAAGAACCCCAAGACAGGCAAGCCUGACAUCAGACCAUCAAUCCUUGGUUUCAUCUCAUCUUGUUACCAACUCGGUUCGAUUCUCGCCGUGCCCAUCGCUCCAUGGUACAACCAGAAAUUUGGAAGAAGGUCAUGCAUCAUGUGUGGCUCCGUGAUCAUGCUUUCAGUUGCUAUGUACAUCAUUGCUCGUAUGUUGCUGGGUGUCGGUAUCGUUUUCUGUAUCAUCUCCGGCGCAGCGCUUAUCGGUGAACUUGGUUACCCCAAGGAACGACCCUAUCUGACUUCGCUGUUCAACGCCUCGUACUUCAUCGGUUCCAUCACUGCAUCAGCUAUCGCGAUCCGCACCACAGACAUUGUGGGCGACUGGAGUUGGCGCGUGCCUUCCCUGCUGCAAAUGUGCCCGUCCAUGCUGCAAAUCGCCACUGUCUACUGUCUGCCAGAGAGUCCUCGUUGGCUUGUGUCUAAGGAUCGCGAUGACGAAGCUUACGCUAUCCUUACCAAAUACCACGCCGAGGGAGACGACAAUUCGCUACUCGUACAGGCCGAGAUGGCGCAGAUCCGAUCCACCAUCAAAAUCGAAAUGGAGCACUCUAAGCAAUCAUGGAUGGACAUGUUGCGCACGAAGGGAAUGCGCCGUCGUGUCCUCAUCACCGUCUUCCUUGGUCUUUUCACGCAAAUGAGCGGCAACACCCUGCUCUCGUACUACCAGAAUUUGUUGUUUACUCUGAUGGGUUACACUUCCACCUACGCAAAGACCAGAAUCAACAUUGCCAACCAGUGCUGGAGUUUGAUGAACGCCAUUGUCAUCGCCUUGGUCGUCACCAGGUUCCGCCGUCGCCGCAUGUUCAUGCUUUCCGCCGCCUCAAUGACCAUGGUCUUCAUGGCCAUGACCAUCUGCUUCCAGCGUCUCCGUGUCGCACAACAAGACGGCGUAAAGAACCCCUCGGCUCAGAUCGCCUCACUGUUCUUCUUCUUCGCCUACUCUCCCUGCUACAACAUCGGAAACAACUCGCUCACCUACACUUACCUCGUCGAACUCUUCCCAUACGCCCAGCGUACCAUGGGUAUCGGUAUCCAGCAGAUCUUCGGCAAGCUUGCCGGUUUCUUCAGCGUCAACGUCAACCCGCUUGCACUCACCGCUAUCGACUGGAAGUACCUGGCCAUCUACUGCGGCUGGAUCACUUUUGAGUUCAUGUUCAUUUACUUCAUGUACCCCGAGACGUACAACCGUACUCUUGAGGAGUUGGCUUUAGUGUUCGAGGACAAGGAACUUGCUGAGAAGCAGGCUAGGGCUGUCGAGAAGACUGUCAACAACGGCGAGAUCGAGGGUGUGUCUGACAAGGGCCAGACCACCACUAUUGAGCGCGCUAUCUAAGCGCACCAAAGGCGCCAGCGCUCGUUGCGUUGUGUACAGCGCGACAGACAACAUGAAAUUAGUUUAUUCAAUGAAUCAAAUGAAUAUAUUUCAAUCCACGAAGAA